AAGAGCAAUGCUCAGCUGAAGCUCACCGUCUCUGAGCUGAAGCUCAAACUGAAGACCAGAGACAAAGAGAUGUGCAAAGAGAGUCAGAAGGUCAAAGAUUUGGAGACGCAUCUCCAGCGAUUGAAAUCAGACCUGCACAACUGCGUCGGCUUCAUCCAGGAGCCUAAAACCCUGAAGAACAACAUACAGAUGAUAUACGCUCGAUAUGUCCAGCAGACUGAAAGGGUGGAGAGAACCAAUGCAGAUGAUACUGUUCAGAAGGCGCUGCGUCACCAGUGUGAUCGACAGGAGAGGACAGUAAAUGGCCUCAAAAUGAGGCUGGUCAAAUCUGCAGAGGAGCACGAAAAGGUCUACACCAAAAUCAUGAAGGAAAACAUGACUCUGAUAGCUGAAAUCAACGAGCUGCGGAAGGAGCUGCAUUUGGCCAGGACUCAGGCUAAAGACGUCAGAGCUCAGGUGGCUCUCUUAAAGAAGCCCAAGAAGUCACAGCCCAUCUUAGAAGAAGCAGCCUGCCCAAACAGCUAGGAGUCAGCUGAUCGUCUUUUACCUCAGCGAUAGCUCUGCAACUAACACACAGCAGCAGAUACACAUGAAAAUCAUAGAAGAAGAAAGUUGAAGUCAAAUACUGAUGUUUAGCCAAAGACGCUGGUGUCUCCAAUGUAUACAAAAGAUGUCCUUUAGCAGUGGCCCUGUGUAGUGAGGCGAGUCUUAUUCCUCAUGUCACAACUGCAAUAUAUAUAUAUCAUUUUCAUUUUUAGCCUAAACAUGUAGUUCUAGUGUCUAAACCAA